AUGGCCUCCGCUGAUCCUCAAAGGGGCCUUGAGCACCCUUCCCCGGAAAUCGUUCCGGAAAAGUCCACCCCCGCCACUGACGCCGCUGCUGUUCCGGCGCCCGCUGCCCAUCACAAAUCGGCCCACACCAUGGGCUCCAAGUCUCCCGGUGUCGUGAGAAUCGAGGCCAUCUCUCAGGCCAUCACCCGUACUGACCGCAUCUUCAUCUUCUUCGGCGUCUUCCUCGUCGCCUACGCCUACGGCCUUGACGGUACCCUCCGCUACGCCUACCAGCCCACCGCCACCAACGAUUAUGCCAACCACUCCCUGCUCGCCAGUAUCAACGUCCUCCGCUCCGUCAUCGCCGCCGCCGCCCAGCCCACCUCCGCCAAGAUUGCCGACGUCUUCGGCCGUGUCGAGCUCCUCUGCGUCUCCGUGCUGUUCUACGUCGUCGGCACCAUCGUCGAGACUUGCGCCACCAACGUCCAGUCUUUCGCCGGAGGUGCUGUGCUGUACCAGAUCGGUUACACAAUGAUCAUGCUCCUUGUCGAGGUCAUCGUUGCUGACAUCACCUCCACCCGUGCCCGUCUGCUCUUCAGCUACAUCCCCGCCCUGCCCUUCAUCAUCAACACCUGGGUCAGCGGUGAAAUCUCCCAGCGCGUCCUCAAUGAGAGCACCUGGCAGUGGGGUAUCGGCAUGUGGUGCAUCAUCUACCCCUUCUGCGCCCUGCCCCUCAUCAUCAGCUUGACCAUCGUCGGCCGCCGCGCCAAGCGCAUGGGUCUGCUCAACUCGUACCAGUCCUCCUUCCACGCCCUCGGCCCCAAGGACUUCAUCAUUCAGCUCUUCUGGCAACUGGAUGUCAUUGGCAUCAUCCUCGUCAUUGCCGUCUUCUCCUUGGUUCUGGUUCCCUUCACCAUUGCCGGCGGCUUCCAGACCAAGUGGCGCGAGGCUCAUGUCAUCGCUCCCCUCGUCAUCGGCAUCCUCUGCAUCCCCGCCUUUGUCUUGUGGGAGCGCCGCGCCCCUCACCCCCUGGUUCCCUUCCACCUCAUGAAGGACCGUGGUAUCCUCGCACCCCUGGGUAUCGCCCUGUUCCUGAACUGGUGUUGGUACAUGCAGGGUGACUACCUCUACACCGUCUGCAUUGUCGCCUUCGACUUCAGCAUCGCCGCCGCCACCCGUGUCACCUCGCUCUACUCCUUCUGCAGCGUCAUCACCGGCUUCAUCCUGGGCUUCGUCGUUUUUAGGGUCCGCCACCUCAAGUACUUCAUCGUCGCCGGAACCAUGCUCUUCAUGGUUGCCUUUGGCCUCCUCAUCCGCUACCGUGGCUCCCCCUCCGGCCAGAGCGGCAUCAUCGGCGCCCAGGUUCUGCUUGGUAUCGCCGGUGGUAUGUUCCCCUACCCCGCCCAGGCCUCGCUGCAGACCAGCCUCAAGCACGAGCACCUCGCCAUCAUGACCGGUCUUUACCUUGCCACCUACAACAUCGGCUCCGCCUUUGGUAACACCAUCUCCGGAGCCAUCUGGACCCAGGUUCUCCCCGGCGUCCUCGAGGAGAAGCUCGCGCCCUUCAACAACGCGACCAUUGCGACCCUGACCUACGCCUCGCCCUUCAACGCCAUUGCCGAGUACCCCAUCGGAACCCCCGAGCGAUCCGCCAUCAUCGACGCGUACCAGCACGUGCAGCGCCUGCUUACCAUCACCGGUAUCUGCCUCACUGUUCCCUUGAUCGCCUUCGCCUUCCUCCUGAGGAACCCCAAGUUGAACGACCAGCAGACUCUGGCCGUCGAUUCGGACAGCGACAACGAGGCCGGUCGCAACAAGGACCAGAACGACCUUGUCACCAAGAUCUAA